AAGGCCCCGGCUCCGCUUCAGGUCCGCCCUGCGCGCCAGCGCCGCGGCAGCCGCCAUGCAGGACGGGCACGUGCCCUGGCGGUGCCUGGUGCCCGCGGACGCGGUGCCGUUCCUCGUGGGCAGGGGCGGCGCCAACAUCAGGCAGCUGAGCGAGACGUCCGGGGCCCACGUGUCCAUCUCCAAAGAUGACGAGACGCCGGCGUCGCUCGCGGACAAGAUCGUCUCCAUCGGCGGCAACGUGGAGCAGAAGGAGAGCGCUUGUGCACAGGUGGUCAGGAAGCUCAGGCAGAUGCAGGGCGUGGAGGACCGCGAGCCGGGCGUCUUCGUCGUCAUCAUCCCCGAGGUCUCGGCGCCCGUGAUCAUCGGGGCGAAGGGCGCGCAGAUCAAGGGUAUCAUGGAGACUUCUGGUGCUGAGAUCAAUGUCGGCAGAGAGGCCAUUCUUGGUAUGACCGACCAGCCGAUCAGCAUCAACGGUACUCUCGAGCAGGUAGUCUCUGCAGUGUCGAGAGUGAACGCGGUCCUCCAGGACAUGGUGGACCGCGGGAAGCUGCGGGCGCAGGACUUCGAGUACCGACCAGAGGGCGAGCCGGCAGCGGCCCCUCCGCUGGCCGCCGCGCCGGCGCCGGCGCCCGGCCCCGCGUUCGCCGCCGCGCCAGGGCCUGAGGCCGGCCGCGCAGAGAGGUUCGAGCCGCCGCAGAGGCCAGAGCCGGCGCCCGGGGGCGCAGGCAGUUUCGGCAGCCACGGCCCCGCUCCGAACGGCAGCGCGGGCGGCGCGCACGGCGCCCCCACGGCGCCGGCCAGCUUCGGGGCCAGCCCACAGUCCGGAGGCGCGGGCUCUGCCAUGGGCGGCAUGAGCUUCGGCCCCAGUGGAGGCUGCGACGGCGCCGGGAAGGCCAUGGGCGGCACGAGUUUCGGCCCUGGCGGAGGCGGCGACGGCGGGGCAGCCAUGGGCGGCGCGAGCUUUGGCUCCGGCGGAGGCUGCGACGGCGGUGGCAGGGCCAUGGGCGGCAUGAGCUUCGGCCCCGGUAGUGGGGGAGGCUGCGACGGCGGUGCCCGGGCCAUGGGCGGCAUGAGCUUCGGCCCUGGCGGAGGCGGAGGCUCCAUGGGCGGCAUGAGCUUCGGCCCCGGAGGGGGAUGUUGCGAUGGGGGUGCGGGGGCCGCGAGUGGCAUGAGCUUCGGCCCGGGCGGCAUGGGCAGCGUCGGCUCUGCGAACUCAGGUCUUAUGUCCAAUGGCAGCAACAGCUUCGGCCCUGGCGGCAUGGGCAUGGGAGGCAUGGGUGGCAUGGGCGGCAUGGGCGGCAUGUGCGGCGGCAUGGGCGGCAUGGGCAACCCUAUGAUGGGGGGCAUGGGCCGCAUGAUGGGCGGCAUGUGCGGCGGCGGCAUGGGAGGCAUGUGUGGAGGCAUGGGCGGCGGCAUGAUGGGAGGCAUGGGGAGCACCGAGCAGCAGUUCCUCCAGGCGCUGAACUCGAGCGGCAUCGGCAGCGCGCAGCUCACGCUGCUGCUGCCCCAGCCCCUGGUGCAGAACGUCCUCGUGCCGAGGGGCAUCAUGGCCGAGAUCGCGCAGAGAUCCGGCGCCAAGAUCGACCUCGGCAACGAGGGCCCGGCUGGCAUGCGACAAGUCACCCUCAGCGGGAGCAUCAUUGGCAACGCAUUGGCUUCGCUCUUUCUACAGGAGAGUGUACUCCAGUUUCAGCAUAUGCUGUAAUUGGGCCAUGUGUGAUAGCAUCGAAAAAAAGGUUUGUCCCGU